AUGGUAUUAAAUGGUCAAUGUAAGUCUUAGAUCUCUAGACCUCCCAGUUGAUCUAUGGUGCAAUUGGUCUCUACGGCAAGCUUGGUCAAGUUGAAGGAGGAAGACUCGUUCGAACUUUGCCAUGGAAGUCUCAGGGAAUGCUGAAGAUAUCCUGGUCAUCGGUGGUGGCCUGAGCGGCCUGGUGGCUGCACUGGCCGCGGAGUUCAGCGGAACGGGUGCUGUGCAGCUUUUUGAGGCGGAGCGCAGCCUCUCUGGCGCCGGAGGUCGCGCGGAGCUCCAUCGCUCCGUGGCAAGCGCCAGGUCUGAAGAAGAUCCGGAAACUCUUCAAAGAUUGUCUCAGCUUGGGGUGAUCAUCGAGGAGACUGGAAAGUCCACGGCGGUAGAGAUACUCAAGUCGCUGACCUUGGCCGUUCAGCGAUCUUCGAAGAUUCAAGUACGAACGAGCUCACCUGUCAUCAGGUUGCUUCACGCUGGUGGCUCAUGCUAUGGCUGCGUUUCUUCGACUCCCAAGGGAGAGAUCUCCGUGAAGGACCUCCUCCAUUGGCCAAUCCCUUUCGACUUUGGCCGCCGACACCUCCACGACCUUGAUUUGGGCCACCUGGUGGCCCCGGAGCAAGUCCAAGUUUUUGCCACUGCAGAGGCACAUGGCCGGCGGGCCAGGCGUUUGCUGCCUCGAUGUUUGCGAGACGGAGGAUGCCUCAUGUCAAGUCGGGGAGAGGUGCCCCUGGCUGAUCGCUCUGAAGAGGAGAUUGCCAGACAUAUUCUGCGUAAAGGUCCCUGUUGGCUGAUCCUUUGGGACUUCCAUCCUGCGGCGCCACGGGGAAGCUUACGGCGGCUCAGCCUGAAGGAUUUGGCUGAAGAGAUGAAGGUGUCCCAAGGAUGGCUUUGUCAGGCACUGAAGAGACGGUGCAGCGAAGGUGCGAUUUUCUUGAGCUUCCCGGACGAGGAUCUCUUCCUUUGGGCGGCAGAGGUGACGCCGGCCCUGCUGUGUUGCGAAGGCGGUUUGGCCAUCGAAGGAGACACGGGAGCUGUCCUUUCUCAUGAAGAUCAGCCGAUUGCAGGUCUCUUUGCAGCCGGUGAGGCAGCUGCCUUUUCAGGAGGCUCUUUGUCAAGCUGCGUCACCUCAGCCUUGAAUGCCUCGUCAUCAGCUGUGGCGGCCGCAGCUGUUUGCAUCGAUGGCGAGGUGGAGGCAGCUGAGAACCCGAGUGAGCUGCCGGCCUUCUCGCCCGUCGCGGAAGAGGGCGCGAAUGAGCCAGCCCAGCCCGGUGAGCUGCGUGGACGAUUGGCCCUCAAUCGACUCGAGGACUUCCUAGAGAAACAUCUCACCGCGGAUCUGGUGCAGGAGGCCUUGCUGAGGUCGUUGGAGGAUGGCAAUCUUUCAAAAGUGGCCAAGGAUCUGUGUUGCGAGCUCACGAGCUUGUGGGGGCUUCCGAGUGGCCAGGCGCUCUCGUUGGCACUUCGAGAUCCGUCACACCUGCCGACACGCCCCAUGAUUGCAGCCCUACCCCAGGCUGGACGCUUGAACAGCGAGGUGUCUACGAGCUGCGUGCACUGUCGCCUUCCACUGAAGCUCGAGGUUUCUGCUGAGUUGAUGAAUGGCCAGCCGACAGAAAUGCCUGCCGUGCAUGCCAACGGAGUCUCUGAAGGUCACUUCGCUUACGCCACCCUACUCUAUGGACAUGGGGUGGAAUACUUCCUCGGAGCCUUAGUGCUUGGCUGGUCUUUGCAGAACAAAGGAUGUCAAGAAGAAAGGCUACUGCUACAUACCAAAGAUGUACCCGAGUCCUUCUUGGAUGCUUUGCAGCAGUACUGGAAGCUGCAAGAGGUGGACUACCUCCAUGGCGACAAGUCCAUGUACAAGAACCACGAGGGCUCGCGUUUCCAGGAUGUCUUUACCAAGUUGCAGGCGUUGUCCUGCACGGAGUACUCGAAGGUUCUUAUGAUGGACCUAGACAUGCUGGUUCGUGGCAACCUGGAUGAGCUCUUCCACUUGCGCGCCCCGGCGGCGCUGAAGAGAUCUUCAGGCCGGGAGCAGCCGGAACAUGGCGGCGACUUCUUUGCCGAGGACUAUUAUACCCGGCAUGCAGACGACAUGUAUGGCAUCAACGCAGGUGUCAUGCUCUUGGAGCCCAACAUGGACGUCUACCACCGGAUGCUCCGUGAAAUUCAGGACCCUCGGCAUCCUGAGCAUAUCAAGACCUUUGGGCCCGAGCAGGACUACUUGGGUCGCUUCUAUGGAACCUUCGCAUGGGGCGCCUGGACACAUUUGCAUGCCAGGUUCAAUUACCAACCAAAUCUUCCUGAUGACUAUGUGAGCACGGCUCAUCGCAACAUUGACGUCUUGCAGGAUGUCGUGGUGGCCCACUAUAGUGGCCCAAAGGUGAAACCCUGGAAGAUUCCCAACUUGGAGCUGAACGUCGCCGGCGUGCGCCGCUUGAUCGAGGAGGAUGAGCUUCGAUGGCUCAUGGGCGCAGAAGCUGCGCGUCCCAAUCGGGAAGGAAAGGUGGUCAUGGAUGGAGUGGAAAUCCGGACACGAAGCUCUGGACUCCCGGAAAACGUGCAGAUGCUCAUGUGGGAAUGGAUCUUGGCACUCCGCCAGUGCAACCUGGACUUGCUUGAGGCUGGCAUGGAUUUGCUCACUCUCAUCGAUGCCAAGAACCUGUGAGCGCAGCCAUGAGAUGGGCGAGGGAUGGAGCCAUGAGUGGAAGGUGUUGGGUGGGCAUUCAUGUGAAGUCGCAUGUUGGAGUGUAUCAGAUGCUGUGGUGCCUCCUAGUUAGUAUGUACGUCAGUACUUCUCGCCUGCUGCAGUUCGAAGCAUCAUCCUGAAAAUCCGCAGAGAUUGAUCGUGAGCAGAGGGAGAGCCGACAACAGAGCG